AUGGUUAUAGUUGUCGGCAAACACAUCAGGUGGUUCGCUCCGCACGAUGCUAAGACUGGUGCUGCCGGCGGGUUCGGUAUAGACUAUACCGAAGUCAUCUCCAUGGAUUAUGCAUUUGUCGAGGCGACGCCAGAUGCGGGCGCCACGGAUCCAGUUGCUGAGUUGAUUUUGCGAAUAACAGACGGGCAACAGACUCUCAUCUAUGAUCGGCAUAGCGGAAAACUCGAUGCCGCCAGGAGUUGA